GAAGAAUAUUCUUCGAUUCUUGGAUGCCGAAAGAGACAUCUCAGUCGUCAAAAGCAGUUUCAAGCCCGGAGAUGUAAUCCACUAUGUGUUAGACAGACGCCGUACACUAAAUAUUUCUCAGGAUUUGCAUAGACUCCUUCCUGAAGUUUCUCCAAUGAAGAAUCGUCGAUUUAAGGCAUGUGCUGUUGUAGGAAAUUCUGGCAUCCUUCUGGAUAGUGGGUGUGGUAAAGAGAUUGACAGCCAUGAGUUUGUUAUAAGGUGCAAUCUAGCUCCUGUGGUGGAGUUUGCUGCGGACGUGGGAACUAAAUCAGAUUUUAUUACCAUGAACCCAUCAGUUGUACAAAGAGCAUUUGGAGGCUUUCGGAAUGAGAGUGACAGAGAAAAAUUUGUGCACAGACUAUCUAUGCUGAAUGACAGUGUCCUUUGGAUCCCUGCUUUCAUGGUCAAAGGCGGAGAGAAGCAUGUGGAGUGGGUUAAUGCAUUAAUCCUUAAGAAUAAAUUGAAAGUGCGAACUGCCUAUCCAUCACUGAGACUUAUUCAUGCUGUCAGAGGUUACUGGCUAACCAACAAAGUUUACAUCAAGCGACCCAGCACUGGACUCCUUAUGUAUACCCUCGCAACGAGGUUCUGUGAUGAAAUUCACCUUUAUGGAUUCUGGCCUUUCCCAAAGGAUAUAAAUGGAAAACCAGUCAAAUAUCAUUAUUAUGAUGACUUAAAGUACAGAUACUUUUCAAAUGCCAGUCCCCAUAGGAUGCCAUUAGAGUUUAAAACACUGAACAUGUUACAUAAUAGAGGAGCACUUAAACUGACCACAGGGAAAUGUAUACAGCAAUAAUGCACGAGUCAAGUUUCAAGAGAAAUACAGGAAAUUCAGAUUUUAUAGAACAGCAGUGGGAUCCAAGCAGUGGAUAUAGCCCAGUGCACUGUACCAAGCCAUCAGAACAUAAGGAAGUGCAUCAAGUCUCUAUUACCAGCUGUUGUUUUACCUGUUGAAGUGCUAAAUCUUGAGUGCAAUGGUUCAAGUAAGUGCCACUUUUGCUAAGAACAAAUCUUGAAUGUAUACAAUCAGUAGUGUUUACAAGAUCCAACAAUGCAUCCAUCACUUGUUAAAGAAGCAAAUGAUUUGCUCGCUGCUCAUUUGCCUCCACACAAAGUCAGGCAACAUCCAAAGGAAUACCCAGGCAUUGAAACGAAGUGAAGUGAAGCCAAGGUGGAAUUCAGACAGCAGUGGAUCAUAUCUCAAAGAUCAACCAAAACAUCUUGGUCGGAGGAAUGCCUAACUUUGUAUUAUAACCUCUUCCUCUUUUUUGUUUCCUGUUUUUCAGAUUGUCAUGCAUUUGUCAUAGUGUUUGGGUAUUGGAACUCAAUAAGGGAUUUUAAAAAGACAAAUAAUAUGAACAUUCUAAGUGAACUUCAAGAAGUGGUCUUAGAAAAAUGUCUUAUUUAAAAAAAACCUGAAAGUUAAAAUCGAUAUUGUAUCAUCUUGUUCAGCUUAACCUUAGUUAAAGUCAAAAUUGGCUCCGUGGGAGGGCUUGUUGAUGCUGUAGUAUGCAGAGCCAUUCCCCUGAUUUUGUAGGUCACAGAAGAUACUCUAUGCUAGCCUUAACCCACUGACAGGAAGAUGUGGUGCUGGCAUGAAUGAUACUUAAUUAUAAAUCCUCCUCUUAGACAAAGUGGACGGUAGAAAAGUCCUCUCAGACAGACUAUUUUGAGCAGUAUUUUUUUUUAAAUUAUAAUUUGAGUACUAGGGCUUAGAAUCUCCCAGUUGCUUUAUGUGCCUCCCAGGGUUGCCGUAUCAGUGAGAUGUUCAGCAUAGAAAUUUAAUAAUAAUUAAAAAAAUGUGCUUCUGUUGGAGGGAUUGAUAAAUAUACGUUCAAAUGAAAAACAUUCUUCCUAGUUUGUUCUGUUUUAAAGAAAAGGCAGUGGUGACACCCUGAUCCAGAUAUGUUUCAUAUUGAGGCUCCUGCAUCUAUUCUUAAUUAUUAUUUGCCUCAAACAACAGCAACCAAAGGAAAGAUUUUCAAACAAGGCUGGCUUAUACCAUGAAAUCCGAAAGGGCACAUGUUCUGGCUCAGGGCUUCAUAUGGCUUUGACUUCAAACUGUCAUUUGAAAACAACUAUUUUAAGCAUGUUUUUAAAACACAUUCAUGAUAAUAAAUCAUAUGGUGAAAGUCAGUAUGGGGAGGGGGGAUGACAAAAGGUAAGGUUUUGAUUGUGAGGCUGCAGCCACAGAACCAGUGGUGGGAUUCAAAUAAUUAACAACCGGUCCUCUGCCCUAAUGAUCAGCUGGGUAGGCGUGGCUUGGUGGUAUUGUGACUGCGUGGGUGUGGCCACCUCAAUGCCACUAAGGUCAAUGGGCGCUUCGCCUUAGCUGUUACAAUGUAAUAAGGGUGAACCGAAGAGGCAGUUUCUGUA